AUGACCCUCAGGCACCACCCCUCAGUUUCUUCCAACUCUAAUAAUAUCUUCACCUUCGGGAGCGGCUUCCGUUCUCCGCCGAUGGAGAAUAUUUCACAGUCUGGUCAGUGUUCACGAGAACCUAAGGAGGAUUAUAAAACUCGACCGCCAUCGUUCGAUCACUGUACAAUCGCUGUAGGUCUGAUUGAUAAAAUUGCCGGUGAAAGGGAGACCUACGAGAGGAAUGCACGGGAGUGCUUUGCUUCCUAGUUACGAAAGAGCUAUGCCGGCAAUCCCCCUACCGAAGUAUUAUUACCCGCAGGUGUUGAGCAUGGUUUCUAGAGAGCGGUUUAUUAUCGGUAGCGACGGCGGUCCCGAGAUCACAAGUCAAGAUAAUCGGGAAAGACAGGAGCAGUUGUCAACACAAGAAUUGGAACAGAGCAAGGCUAGAAGGGAUCUGUCUCAGAGCCAGUAACCUACAAGUCGGAGGAUAUAAAUUCUAUUCAAAAAUAUACUCCUAUG